AUGGCACUAUUGGAAGCUCGACAUGCUACUCAGUUAAGGAAAUACGAUAUUGCUGCUAGGUGGUAUCUGACAUUGUUUGCGCAAUUGUCUUUAGAAGAGGGCAAAAAAUAUGUGGGAGAGUUUAUUGAUGUACUGGAAGAAAUGGCUUCAAAUGCUGAUGAUUACUCUGAGCAACUAAUGUUGCUCCUUCAGAGUCGAAUUAUGUUCCCGAAUGAACCUGUUGUUCUAAAUGCUUGCGUGCGAUUUUUCUUCUGUAUCGGUAGACACCUGGAAGCUUUUGAUUGUGCGCACGAAGCUGUUAAGCAAGGAGAAGGCAUUACUCAUGUAACUGCACUUGCAAACUUAGAGAACAUCAGAACUAGCAUCAUGGAUCCGUGGCACUGGACUAUGUUGAAUGAUGCCCAUCGUAAUGCGACGUAUGCAAAAGCUAUACAGGUCGUUGCUAAUGCAAGACCAAAGAGCUGUGUUCUUGAAAUCGGUGCAGGCACUGGUAUUUUAACAGCAAUUGCAAGCAGGUACUUUAAGCGCAAUGUUUACUGUUGUGAGAUGAAUCAAAAUAUGUGCGACAUUGCUGAAAAAGUACUAAACCAGAAAGUGAUUCGCAAGUGUUCUAUGGAGGUCACCAUUGAGGACGUUGGGUUUGAAAAUGUAGAUGUAUUAAUUACUGAAACAAUGGACUGCGGUUUGUUGGGUGAAGGGAUUGCCUGCUUCUUAUAUGACGCCUACACAAGAAUCUUAUCGCCAUCUUCAGUCAUUAUUCCCAAUUGCGCAACAGUAUAUGCAUACGUUGUUGAAAGCCCAACGUUAAUGGAUGAACAUUUAACAGUUUUCUGUGGGCGCUAUUUUGUUUCUGAGAGUGUAACAGCAUCUUAUCAUCCUUGUGGUGUAGUGGAAAAUAAUGAGCCAUACUGCUGUACUUCAGCGACAGAAAUUCGUGGAGGGUACAUAAUAUUAAGUCAAACAGUAGAAAUUUUUUCGAUAAAUUUUCAUAGUUGCGAAGAGCUUAAUGCAGUAGUUGAAAAUGGUAUUACGGAACUUCGAUUUGCUCCUAUAAUUCAAGAUGGUACUGCACACUGUAUUAUGGCUUGGUUCAGUUGUGAAUUGUUUCCUGGUUUACCUUGUAUCGAUACAGGUCCAGGAAAAGGUAGUUGUUGGCAACAAAUAAUAUAUCCGUUACCGAAACCUAUAGCUUUACGUAAAGAUAGCAUAUGCACCUUGAAGGUGAGAGCAUUCAAGGAUCAGCUAUUAUGCGCUCUUGAGAAGAUAGUUUUACCAGACGAUGCUGUUAUUGAUAAUGAAAGAUCAUUGGAUGAUAUUGUCAUUCUCCCGAAAAAUGAUUUUUUGCUGACGAAUGAUAGUUAUUUGCUGCACUUUUUGGAAAAUAGUUUAAUUGAAGUAUUUACUGAUCAAGAGCUUGUGAUUAACGACAGUAAUAAAAUUUAUGUUGUGGAUAUCACUGAUCUCAGUAUACUCUCAAUGACGCUUGCGAGAAAAUUCACCGAAGACAAUGAUUAUGCGGAUAUUUUAAUGUUUUGGCCCAUAAGUUCUCAUGGUUUUAUGAUGGAAACUACUUUAGAUCACGUUAUUAGCUUUCGACUUUCAAAUAGUCGAGCUAGAGUUAUUCCAUCAAAAGUUACUGUUGUAGGUCAGGUUAUCAGCUGCCCUGGUGUGGUUCAACAAUGCAAACCAUGCCCUUCAGCUUAUCAGGGAGUUGACCUCUCUGUAAUCUAUGACCUUGCCCUUUCGUUUCACUAUGAUAUUGAGCAGAUGCCAACAAAUGAAUCGAAUUUGCCAGAUUUCAUGUGCCUUCUUGGAGUGGCUUCAGAAGCAGUUAUUACUGCAGAUGGCAUCGCAGAUGGCUUGUUAUACUGGUUUGAUAUUGAGAGUGGGAAUCAGUUGUACAGCACAAAAUCUCGACAAAGCCUCAGUCGUUGUGCCAUGUACUUAUUUGAUGAAAGUCGUAAAGUUACAAAAGAUGAGCGUUUAUCUGUUAAAUCUUCUCAUCUUCGUGGAUUUGACAUGAGACUACACUUAUUUAAUGCUAGAAGAGCAACUGAUAGAAAGCAGUACAACGUUGCUGCUGAUUGCUACAUAGAACUUUUUUCUGAAUUGUCUUGGGAGGAAAGUAAACAAUAUGUGCAUGAGUUUGUUAGAGUUCUGGAUGAGAUGAAGCCAAAUGAAACUGGCUUUGGAGAUCAUGUGUUAUUACUCUUUCGAAGUCUGUUGCCCCUUCCAGAGGAACCUGUCAUUCUGAAGUCUCUGUCCAAGUAUUUAGCUUUUUUUGGUCAGGUUUUGACAAGUUUAGAAUUCUCUAUUGAAGCUGUUGAAAAAAGCGAAGGCGUAACACAUAUAGAUUGUAUGGUAAACUUGGAAAUUAUCAGAUCGAAUAUUGUAAAAUCUUAUGAUUGGGUUGUAUUCAACAGUUCUCGUCGUGUCUCUUCCUAUGAGGCAGCAUUGGAAAAUAUUGCUAGAUGGAGACCAGACAGUAAACUUCUUAUAGCCGGUUGUGGACUGGGUAUUAUUCCAUCAAUUGCUUCCAGGUACUUUCAUCAACGUAAGUUUUCUUACGAUUUCUACCAGUGGAUUGGUCUAACUGAGAGAAUUGAGAAUCAACCAGCCUUUAGCAGUUUUACUUGGUUAGCAAUGGCUUUGGAUAUCGUUCAACCACUAUUAGACGUUGUAAUUAUCGAUGUAAUGGCGUAUGGUACUUUAGGUGAAAAAGUGGCAGUACUGAUGAAUCCUAUAGAAAAACGACUUCUGAUGCCUUAUCGAAUUUCUGUUCCAAAAACUAUGACAGCUUAUGCGUGUUUCAUUGAGUGCCCCGCAAUAAUGCAAGAGCAUAAUGCAACUUUUGAUGGACAUAAUUUCGCUUCGGAGUGCUCGUUAGUAUGUUAUGGAAAAUGUAAGCUGGGUCCACUAAAAUCAACUUAUCAUCGUGCCAUAGCUUCUGAAAUCCGUGGAGGAUAUAGAGUUUUAAGCAGAUCAGUAGAGAUUUUUUCUAUAAAUUUGUGCAGUCUUGUUGAAAUGACUAAAAUUAUGCUUGAUGGCAUUCUGGAGCAUCGACAGGCACUUAUAUUUCGGAAUGGCACUGCUCAUGGCAUUAUGGCUUGGAUCAGCUGUGAUAUGUUUCCUGGUAUACCUUGUAUUAGCUCAAGUCCAAGGUCAAAUAUCUCUCAACAUCAAGCAAUAUUUCCGCUACCAAUUCCUCAAAGAUUGUUUAGAGGUAACCGGUGUACACUAGAAGUGAAGGUACAUGAAGAAUUUGUAUUUUGCAGAUAUAAAGAUGAAGUAUUACCAUAUAGUGAAUCAGAAAGUGAAAUGAGCCCUAAAAGAUAUUCAACUAUGACAAAUGGGGAUUCUGAUAGUCGAAACUCUUCCUCUGGUUCUGCAUUAUCAUUUAACUUGGAUAAUGAUGAUUACAUUAAUCAGGUACCAGAGCAAUCAGAUUCUGAAUGUUACAGUGGAAUGGAUGUUGAAGAAAAUUUUAAAUAUGAUGAUCUAGAUGUUGCAUGUUUACCUACAGUAGAUAAUAUAAUUCUUAGCUAUGAGGACACGGCAAAGUUAAGUGAUAUUAUAUGUCUUACAACAAACGACUUUUUGUUAAUGAAUGACGAAUCACUGGUGCAUUUCUUCCGAUCAAAUUUGAAUGAAUUGCAAAAACAAGAAGAAUUUACAACUAAGCAAAUUUGUGCUUUGGAUAUUACUAAUAUAUGCAAACUUUCGCUGACAUUGAUACAAUCAUUUCCUGAAAUAGCCUUUUUGUGCUAUAAUCAUGAAGCUGGGAAAUUAGCUACUAUAUUAACGCCAAACAGAUUCGUCAAAUUUCCAGUACCCCCAGAUCAUAAAGCAUCCCUUGAAAAUAUACCUGCUGUUUGCUUCUUAAGAGCACCAAGGAAACCAUUUUUUACUUUAUUUGAGAAUAGUGAAUCAAUGGAUGUAUUAUUGUUCUGGCCUAUUAGUUCACAUGGUUCUUUAAUAGAAGCUGCGUUACAUCGUCUUUACAGUUUUCGGCUUUCGAAUAGUCAAGCUCGAAUAAUUCCAUCAAAAAUUAGUGUUGUAGGACAAGUCAUAGAAUGUCCUGAUAUUCUCAGUCGAAGUAGAGCUGAUCCAAAAAUUUAUGAAGCAAUGUAUUCAACAAUAAUCAGUAAUCUUGUCGUUUCCUCGCACUAUGAUAUUGAACUUUCAAGACUCAACUACACUGCGCUUUCUGAUCCUUCUGAAUUGCUUUGUUUAGAGUUUGAUAAGGAGAUGCCAAAAAAUGAAUUGGAUUUACCGGAAUUCAUUUGUCUUAUUGAAAUGGUUUCAGAAAUGGUUAUUACUCGCAGUGGCUACGUAGAUGGCUUGCUGUAUUGGUUUAAUGUUGGAGAUGGUAAUCGGUUUUAUAGCACUAAAUUUCGAGACAACCUUUGUCGCUGUGCUAUAUACAUAUUUCAUGAAAAAGUUAAUACUCGUAAAAAUCGAACAGUAGUUGACGUGGGUGAUUCAACUUUAUGGACUACAGAUCUUGAUCUGUUUGAAUUUAAACUUCAUCCUAAUGUAUAUAGUCAGUGA